AUGAUGUGGGAACUGCGCUCCGUGGCCUUCACCCGAGCUGUCCUUGCUGAAUUCCUAGCCACACUGCUCUUCAUCUUCUUUGGCCUGGGUUCAGCUCUCAACUGGCCUGCUUCCCCACCAAACGUCCUCCAGAUCUCAAUGGCUUUUGGCUUGGCUAUAGCGACCUUGGUCCAGGCUGUGGGUCAUGUCAGUGGAGCCCACAUCAACCCCGCUGUGACAGUGGCGUGCCUGGUGGGCUCUCAUGUUUCCUUCCUGAGGGCCGUCUUCUAUGUGGUGGCCCAGAUCCUGGGAGCAGUGAGUGGGGCCGCACUCCUGCAUGAACUCACGCCACCUCACAUCCGGGGAAACCUGGCCAUCAACAGGGUACACAACAACACAACAUCGGGGCAGGCAGUUACGAUGGAGCUCUUCCUCACUUUCCAGUUGGUCAUGUGCAUUUUUGCCUCCACUGAUGAUCGCCGGAGCGAUAACCUUGGAUCCCCAGCCUUGUCCAUUGGUUUCUCUGUUGCCCUGGGACACCUGCUUGGGAUCUACUACACUGGCUGCUCCAUGAACCCUGCUAGAUCUUUUGCCCCUGCAGUGAUUGUGGGUGACUUUGACAGCCACUGGGUCUUCUGGCUGGGCCCAAUGGCUGGAGCAGUGGUGGCAUCCUUGCUCUACAACUAUGCUCUCUUCCCCCAUGCAAAGACUCUCUCAGAGAGACUAGCCAUCUUCAAAGGUUAUGAGCCAGAGGAAGACUGGGAGGAACGUGAGGUUCGUCGGAGGCAGUCGAUGGAGCUUCACUCCCCACAGACCCUGCCUCGGGGGGUGAUGGAAAAAGUCUAA